UUGCUGUUUAUGCGUGCAUAGAUUCAGGGAAAAUAUAAAGGAGCUCCAGCUCAAAUGCUGUCUAAAAGCUCUUCCGGGUUCAAAACCGGACUGUUCAAAAGGACAAGGAUAGGGCUUUCUGGUUAUGAGCAAGGAAGUUCUCUGUUGUGGUGACUUCUCAGCUGAUCUGCACAUUUGUUAUGAGGAGAAUUAGUCUAGAAUGGCGACCGACGAAAUCAUACAAUGGACUGUUGUUGUUUUAACUUGUCAACAUAAGGAUAGUGUCUAUGCAUUUCAGCGAGAGCUGGACUUGCGGCAGCAGCGUGGGGGUCUUCCAGCGGGGGCCCUGCUGCUGACAGUGGCUGACCCACAGGCACGCCUGGGCAGCGGGGGAGCCACCCUCAACGCCCUCCUGGUGGCAGCCGAACACCUCAGUGCCAGAGCCGGACACACUGUGGUGACUGCAGAUGUUUUGGACGAUGCCCGCAUUCUCAUUCUUCACACAGGGAGAGAUUUCCCCUGGGACAGCUGUGGCCGUGCGUUCUGCUGGCUACCAGUAGGGGGCACUCAGCAGCCGGUGGAGAGCCCGGUGUGCUGCCUGGACAUGAUGCUGGACUAUCUCUCCCAUCAGGUGUGUCCAGGCUCUCCUCCAGGAGUGUGGGUAUGCAGCACGGACAUGCUCCUCCGCCUCCCCUCCAGACCAGUGAUGACCUGGGAGGGCUUCUCUGGUGUUCGGGUGAUGGCGCUGCCUGGAGACGUCUCCUACGCCGCCAAUCAUGGAGUCUAUCUGUGUGAUACACAGGGAAGUGUGCGUGACAUCAUCUACAGAGGAUCAGAGGAGCGUAUACGCCAAGCAGCUCUACCGGAUGGGAAAGUGCCAAUGGUGUCGGGGCCUGUGUUCCUGUGCCGGGGGGUGUCUGAGAGGCUGCUCCAGACCCACGUGACCUCUCCCCUGGACGGGUGCACCUACAUGGGCAUGGACUCUGGAGCUCCCUCCCUACAGAUCUCCCUCUUCCUGGACAUACUGCUGUGCCUGUGCUCAGAAGUGAGCGAGAAGCACUUCAUCUCUGAGGAGCGGCCGGGCUCCACUUCCCCAACUGGGCCCCAGGGGGCAGCGGUGAGGUCGGCCAGGGCAGUCCUGUGGAGGACGCUCAGAGGAACUCCUUUAACUAUGGAAUACAUACCAGAUGGGACCUAUGACUACAUGACUAUGUCUGGAAAAGAGCACAUUUGCCGGCUGACCAAAAAGGGCUGGCAGAAGGAGACUCUGUCUCAUAUUGAGAGUAGGUAUGGUGUGAGUGAGGAUGGCAGGGUGAUAAACAGCGUCCUGGAGGGGACCGUGACGGUGUCGCCCGGAGCCGUAAUUCAGCACUGCCACCUCCAGGGCCUGUUGGAGGUGCCUUCGGGGACGUUGGUGUCGGGCCUGAAAGCCACCUCGGGGAGCCGCCUCCAGCAGCUGCUCCAGAGAGGGGACACCAUCCUGCAGGGACACCGCGUGCAGCUCGGGGAACUCAAACUGACGGUCUACACAGUGCUGGGGGCAAAUGAUGAUCUGGAGGCUCCUUGUGAAGAAUCCACUUUUCUAAACCACAGCUGGACUGACCUGUACCAGCAUACUGGAAUACGGCCUGAGGAGUUAUGGGCCAGCGGCAGUAAUGGCGACGGCGACACCAACAGGACUCCUCGCUCUCUCUUUGAGGCCCGCCUCUUCCCUGUGUUCCAGCCUCGUGACGGGGCGGUGGGCCUGGAGGGCGUGUCUUGGCUGGUGUCUGGCGGCGAUGGUGGCGGUGGCGAUGGCAGUGGUGGUGGUGUUAGCUCGGCGCCCGCAGCUCUGGAGUGGUGGAGAGCGUCCUGGAGGCUGUCCCUCAAGGAGGUGCUGUUCCUGACUGACCAGGAGGGGGAGCUUCGCUGGAGAGAGGAGCUGUUCUUCCACGCGGCCCGCAGGAGGGCCACGGACACGCUGAGGGUCCACAGCGACCACAGCCUCCUGCCCAGCAUCAGGGCUGCUGUGCUGGGGGGCCGGCACGGGGAGCUCCUCACCGCACUGGACAAUGUGGCAGCGGGCAGCAGUGAUAACCUGGGUGUGGCGGCCCGUACCCUGGCGUGCAUCGCGGACGUGCUGGGCUGCAUGGCUGGGGAGGGGCGCGGGGGUCUGAGGAGCGGGCCGGCCGCCAACCCAGCCUGGGCCUCCGCCUUCAGCCUGCUGGAGCAACGCGACCUGCCUGCCGCCAUCCAGGCUCUGGCCAAUCAGAGGAGCCAGUGGCUCAACAGGCCUGAUUUGCUGGUGCGUGCGGCGCGGCACUAUGAGGGUGCUGGCCAGGUGCUGCUGAGGCAGGCGGUGAUGUCUGCUCAGGAGUUCGUGUCCAUCGGAGAGGGACGGAUGCCACCCAUGGGACAGUGGCAGGAAGUGGAGUGCCCCGCCAGGCUUGACCUAUCAGGUGGCUGGAGUGACACCCCGCCCAUCGCCUUCGAGCGUGGCGGUGCCGUGGUGAACGUGGCGGUGAGGGUGGACGGCAGGCGUCCCAUCGGUGCCAAGGCCCGCCGCGUCCCUGAGCCGCGUCUCCUCCUGGUCACCUCCAGCGGAGCGGUGGACUGCAGCGUUGCUACAGAAACCGUCUGCACCUCCCUACAGGACCUGGAGGACCACUGCCAGCCACACGCCCCCGGUGCCCUGCUGAAGGCUGUGUGUGUGUGUAGCGGCCUGGUCACCUUCCCCUCUCAGCAGCCACUGGACCAACAGCUCCUGCAGCGCUGGGGGGGAGGACUGGAGCUGCACAGCUGGUCUCUACUGCCACACGGCUCUGGCUUGGGCACUAGUAGUAUCCUUGCGGGGGCGGUGCUGGCUGCAGUGUACAGGGCUACAGGCCGCUCCUAUGACACAGACUCCCUCAUCCACGCAGUGCUGCACCUGGAGCAGACCCUAACCACAGGUGGAGGUUGGCAGGACCAGGUUGGGGGGCUGGUGGGCGGGGUGAAGCUGGCGCGUUCCAGAGCCUUCCUGCCCCUGAAGGUGGAGGUGGAGCCCCUGGACCUCUCCAGCCACUUCCUGACCGCCCUGCAACAGCGCCUACUACUGGUCUACACGGGGAAGACGCGCUUGGCUCGUAAUCUGCUGCAGGACGUGGUGAGAAGCUGGUACAGCCGCCUACCCUCCAUAGUCUCCAACACGGAGCAGCUGGUUCGCAACGCAGAGGAGUGCGCCCUGGCAUGCACUGAUGGCGACCUGUCCAAGCUGGGCGCGUGUCUGGACCGCUACUGGCAGCAGAAGAAGGUGAUGGCCCCGGGCUGCGAGCCGGCUGCCGUGCGGUGCAUGAUGGGAGCCCUGCGGCCCCUGGCUCUGGGCCAGAGCCUGGCCGGAGCCGGGGGAGGGGGGUUCCUGUACCUGCUCACCAGGGACGCACACCAGGAGGAGGCCGUACGACACGUGCUCAGCAGCACGCCGGGCCUGGGGGACUUCAGCGUCCACUCAGUGGAACUGGACAUGGAGGGCAUCUGCGUUCUUCACUCGGCAACGUCAAGUGAAGACAUCCAGUGACUGUGAAAGGCGUCCAACUAAACUGUUGUGGCUGUCGACAGUUUUUUCUGUCUACAUAUGAAGGAUGUAUAUUUCUGACCAACAUGCACAUCAAUGGUGCAUUAAGUGCAUUAGAUUUUUUCCUGUAUUCCUUUUUGACUGUAUGCAUGUAAUUACUGAUGUGUGAAGGGUUUGUACAAUUUUCUAUUUUGUAUAAUGUUUGUCAAAAGAAUCAAUACUUUUUUAACAUUCCAAAAAUAAAAUAUUAGUAUUUUUAAUGAUUCUUAACCAUUAUGGCACUGUUAAGUUAUUUACACAUGACUAACAACAAAAGAAAACACUUUCUAUGAAGCCCAUAUCUAUAGCGCAUUAUGAGCACAUUUAUAACCACUGAUAAUGCGCAUAAUUCAUCAUAGUGCUGCAUAAUGUAUUAUAAGCCCCUUCACUGCCUGUAGAUUAUAACCAUUCACGAGCACUCAAAACACCCCAGGAUUUAUAAUGAAUUAUAAUCUAGAUUUAUAGUUAUUCAUGACUGAUAUACUCCAUCAUGAAGCGUUAUGAGUGUAGUCAUAAUGCACUAUGAUUAUGAUGCGCAUUAUAAGUUGUUAUAUAAAUGUGCUCAUAAUGCGUUAUAGAUAUAGGCUUCAUAGAAAGUGUUAAUGACAAUAUCUUGGUAUAUUAACAUAGCAAAAGAGUACAAACAAAGGCAGAGAAAUACAGGCUUGGAAUGGACAUGGCCGCACAAACAAAAGAUGUGAUGGAGGAUUU